AUGGCCACCGAAAUCACCACCGUCGCACCCACCCAAUCUCAGCCCCUCCAACUGCAAGACAGGGUUGCAAUCGUCACCGGCGGCUCUCGCGGCAUUGGCAGAGCCAUCUCUCUUCACCUAGCAUCCCUCGGCGCAAAGCUCGUCAUCAAUUACCGUUCCAACUCCACUGAAGCGGAUCUACUCAUCUCAGAAAUCAAUUCCAAUUAUCCAUCUGAAUCUCCACGAGCUGUUUCUAUCAAAGCCGAUGUAUCUGAUCCGAUUCAAGUGAAAGCCCUCUUUGAUGCAGCUGAAUCCGCCUUCGAUUCCCCAUUAUAUAUCCUCGUUAACGCCGCCGGGAUCCUUGACUCCUCAUACUCUUCGAUCCCCAACUCCUCCCUCGACGAAUUCGAUAGGACGUUCGCAGUGAACACGCGAGGUGCUUAUUUAUGCUGUAAGGAAGCGGCGAACAGGUUGAAACAAGGCGGCGGAGGGAGGAUUAUUUGUCUGACGUCCUCGAUGGUGGUGGCUCUGAGACCUGGGUUUGGGCCGUAUGCAGCGUCUAAAGCGGCGGUUGAAGCUAUGGUGAAGAUUCUGGCGAAGGAACUGAAAAGGACGAGGAUCACGGCGAACUGUGUAGCUCCUGGGCCUAUUGCGACAGAUAUGUUUUACAAAGGGAAAACAGAGGAGAUGGUGAAUAUGGCAAUUGAGGAGAGUCCUUUGGGUAGAUUGGGGUUGCCGGAGGAUGUUGCUCCGUUGGUUGGGUUCUUGGCUAGCGACGCCGGAGAGUGGAUUAAUGGUCAGAUCGUUCGUGUCAAUGGAGGAUAUGUGUGA